GUGGAAGAAGUGGAAAGGAGAGUCGCGUCUUUGAAUCUCAAUCUUUCCCUCACCUACGCUCAAACCGCUUUGACGGAGUCGUGGCAGUUCCUUUUGCACCAAGUAUUGCCAUUUGUGCGGCCAGUGCCGGAGAUCCGUUCAAACCUCCUGUCACUCUCCGCUACGAUAUCUGGAGACCUGGCUUUGGAGAAAAGGUCGGGAGACAUGAUGGCAAAACUUCAUGGCACACGACUCAACUUAUUGUUAUCGAUACUUGAAGUGGUCUGGUUUUCUGAUUCGGAUGCCGACAAGCAAAUCACCUCUUUCAUGACCCUCGUCGACAACAUGCACAAAGUUCUGUUGAAUGAGGCACAACCUCCUUCUCAGUCGUUCCUGGGACAGUUAUCCGUGCCCUUCCAUCAGAUCCUGCUCCAGGUCAUCUACUUCUGUGUUCGCCAGUGCCGGAACAUUGCCAGGCGGCCUAAAGUUCUCAAUGCUAGCAGACGCCUUGCCGUUUCUGGCUUGCUGGACGCAACGCUUCCGCUGGUGAUCGAUGCUCUCCGUCUCACCUUCGACUCUGCCCGCACACGGCUUGAUCUCGAUCUUGAUCGAGACAUGGAGCUACUGGUUGCUGUCUUUGAGCAAUGCACGCGUCCCGAGAUCAACCUAUCAUCUCUAACGUGGUUGACUCGAUGCCAAGAGACGGAUGUUAUCAAAUCCACCUUGGAGUUACUCACUCGGACAGACAUGAUCGGCCUCACAGACCUGCCCUUGCUUCGCACUCGCAGGCAACCUCUGUACGCGCCCCACAUCCUCCUAUUCCACAUGGCUGUAGUGAGCGUCCCGUCCGGCGCUGAAAGAUUUGCUAGUGAAGGCGUCAUCUCAGCCUAUAGUAACAACGGGAUUAGCCUUGCGGCAAGCUCGGGGCAGAUCGAUGUCGUGUUGCCUGAGCUUCCUGGAGAGAGGAGCCCAGCACACCAGGCAUACUGCUCGAUGAUGGCCAUAGUUUCUACGGUCGUCUCUGCUCUCAGGCGGCAACACCACUUCUUCGACGCAGAGGCCUGCGGAUUCGUGCAGCUGUAUGGCAAGCAGAUUGUCCGGGCGCUGAGCUGGAGUGUCGGUGAUCCGAUCACAUUGCCGUUGUUGGAGGAGAUGGAACAGGUCGUCAGUCUCUUUUACGCGCUUGCGGAGAGUGCUCCUCCUACUGCUUCCCCAAACCCAGCCGUAGUGAAGGUCCUGCGUGUCUUUACGACCCAUGCGCUCAUGCUUCUUCAGCAACUCAACUAUGCGCUGACGCACCCCAAUCACAUUGCCAGUCUCUUGGAGCCGGUGACUGCGGAAGAGCGUGCAUUGCUGGAAAGGGAGCCAACCGCCGCGUCCUCUCUGUUGUCGUUGAACAUGGCCGACCUGCAGAAACAUCCGUUGACUGCGCGUCUCGUCCAUCGACUAUUUAGGCUGUCAAGCUCCGUCGUGUCGACGCUGAUCAGCAUCAGCCGAGCGUACGAUGUGCUUCUUGGCGAACAAGAAGAGUGGCCCGUUCAAGAAGCAGUGAUCGUUCCCCAUUCCAAGGUGGUACCCGGAGAGCCAGCCUCUUUGGGAACCUUGCUUGAACUCGCAAAUUGCACCCUCGAUGCUCUAAGAAACCUCGUCAACCGCCCAGCAGGUCAGGCCAUCGCCCCGCCUGCCUCCAUAAAAGAAACGCCACUUGAUGUGCGAGAAGGCAUGCUGACUGCACGGAAGACGCUGGAAGCAUUGCUGGUGUAUGCGGCGACUCAGCUUGCGAUGUGGCUUUCCAAGCCAGAUUUUGACGCUGCUGAAAUGGACUCGGAGGAUCACGUUCCACAGACCAUUGACAUGCGAGAAGGCUCGAAGAGACCAUCUAGGGCCCUCACAGACCGGAUUCGAAGGGGAAUGCCGGGUGAGAUGGCGACGGAUCUGGAGAAGCUGUUGAAGGAAGCGAAGCCUGUUCUCCAGAAGAGUGUUGAUGUUUCGGAGAAGACGGACGUCAAUGGGGACCUUACGCAGGUACUACUUAGGUUUAUGAGCGAGUGGGUCAUGACCACGCCAUCGUAGAUAGGUUAGGUUCCAUGUCGAUGUAUCAAAAGUAACAUUAUAUGUAUCACGUUCGUGGUGAAUAGACCAAUUACUGCGUCAAAAUAUCUAUACCAGUAUCGGUGAUGAGAAUCAUGUGCUCUGCUUGAGCGCUCCGUGCACAAUU